AUGAAUCAACUCGGAAUUUUGAAAAGCAAAGCCUCACUUCCGACAUCAUCGUUGUAUUUUAUUCUGAUGAUGAUUUCAGUAGCCUCUUUAUUGAUUGUACAACAAUGUGGGGCUGAACUUAAUUCUAUCGAAAGAACAACCUACGGUGUUGGUCCUGAUUUACUAGAAAAAUAUAAGCAAACAUCGGAGAAGCAACAAUUUCAAUGUUUACAAUCAAAAGAAUUGAUCAGCUUUGAUUCUGUGAACGACAAUUAUUGUGAUUGCAAGGACGGAAGUGAUGAACCUGGAACAAGCGCCUGUAGCAAUGCAGUGCUAUCUUUCAACUCUGACACAAAAUUCUAUUGUAAAAACAAAUAUUUCAAGCCACAAUACAUUUCUCAUAGCAAGGUCAACGAUGGAGUGUGUGAUUGUUGUGAUGGCUCUGAUGAAAACUUUGCCUCCACAUUUGGUGAAGCCUCUAUGAAUGUUUGUGAAGAUACAUGCAAGGAAUUAGGAAAGGAAAUUGUUGCUUCUUUAGAAAACGAAAUUAAUGCAAUGAAAUCUGCCAUGAGCUCUGUUGCUGCUGAUGUUGAAUAUGGAAAAUCCAAGAUUGCCGAAUUGGAAAAUCAACAAAAGGAUUUAACUCAAUCAAUUUCGGAAAAGGAAAAAACUUUGGAAGAACUGAAAAUUAAAAAAGAAGAAGCUGAAAAAGUUGAACAAUUACAAAAAGAUUUAUUGAGAGCAAAGAAGAAGAAAGAAUGGGAAGAGCAACAGGCUCAACUUCCAAAGGAAGCUCCACCUUCAGAAGAAGCUAAGGCUGAAGCUGACUCUCAAGAAAAUCAAGCUGAAACUCCUCAGCCACCCUCAGAACCAACCUUUGUUGAUGACGAGGAAAUUAUUAACUUUAAAUUUCCAGAUGUGUAUUCAAUAUUUACGCGACCUUUACAAUGUAUUCGCCACACAACUUCAUUAUUUAAAUUAUAUUACCAACACCGUAUUCAUGAUAUUGAUGCUCUUGAAUUAUUUAACAAAGCUGCUGAGGAAGCAAGAAAUCAAUACAAUCAGUUGAACAACGAAUUGUCUAAUUUAAGGAACUCGUUAACUGAUGUUCAAAAGAAAUUAACAAACAAUUAUGGAAAAAACAAAGAAUUUUACAAGUUGAGUGAAUCCUGUUUUGAGAUGCAACAAAAACAAUAUUCGUAUGAAGUUUGUCCUUACAACAAGGCCAACCAAAAGGAGAACUACUCGUCGACACUUCUAGGCAAUUUCAAAGAUUUUAAUAGUGCAACCAACGUCAUGACUUUUGAAGAUGGUCAACAUUGUUGGAAAGUGGGAGCAAGAAAGGCCAUUUUGAAACUGAAAUGUGGAGGCACUAACAAGUUGGUAAAAGUAGAUGAGCCUUCAACAUGCGAAUAUCACUUGGAAAUGGAAACUCCAUAUGCUUGCUCAUUCGAUUUAUUGAAGAGCAAGGAAGCUGAGCUUGCAGCAUUGCAAUAA